ACACCAACAGAGAACUAAAAAGUAGUUCACAAGUGUAUUAGGUCAGCCACAAAACUAAAGCGAACACAACUUGCUGAUAGUGUUUACUCACAGCGUGUGAGAGUGUUGCUUUUUAGAAGAACAAAUCUCGUUUAAAUCAGCCGAGGCGACUUGCAGUAUUCGCAAUAUCUAACAAACAAAUAAACAGUGUAAACUGUAUUUAUUGUUGCUCACCGAUAAAGUGAAUGAUCGGUUAUAUUUUAUUUAAUGCAUAGAUAGUUUAUUUAUAAUGCUUAACAGUUUCAUUAAUAUAUACUACUUAGAGGUGCACGGGGCAUCUGGGACUACAUGAACUGAACUUUACAAAUGAAACCCCAUAGAAAUAUCAGCUAUGGACGCAGAGGCAGAUGCUCGGUUGACUGGUAGUCUGUGGGGUUUUCAAAAGAAGACUGGUAUGUCUGGCCCCAACUGGAUGCCUCCAAGAACGCUGGGUAGCCCAGAUAGAGCCACAACACCAAUGUCACACUCUGGCCACGCUGGCCCCGCUCUCUACAGACCUCCCAAGAAAGGUCUACCCGACCAGAGGCCCAAAUAUAACAUGUAUGACCAAAAUGGUGGAACAGGAGGAAAUAGCAUGCCUGUAAGAUAUAUGGCUACUGGACCUUCAGGUGUAACCAUGCAACACCAGCAUCAAGAUGAUCGCUCAGGGUCUACUACCUACCACCCCUUGUCUACACAAUCAGGAGACCGAUACUAUGCUCUAGGCCAGGGACCUAAAGAAGAACGCCACACAUGGAAGCCCCACAUGGCCAGCCAUGAACUUCAUAAUCUGGGAUCAGAGAAGCACAUCUCUAAUAUUGAUGCAGAGAUAGACUCUCUUACGUGCAUGCUGGCUGACCUGGACAGUCACCCUCAGAACUCAAGCACACAGUUGUAUGACAAUGUGCCUUACAGCAAGCACCUCCCUAGUGACCGCUAUAACCCUCCCAACCAGAUGGGGGCUCCACCACCAAGCAGACAAUCAAUGGGCUACCCCCCUCCACUCCAAAACCAGUACCACCCCGCCCCACCUUACACCUCUACACCUCAGCCAGACUAUGUUUACUCCUCUGUUGCCUCUUCCGUCCACAAACCUUAUCCACAACCAGUGCCUGCCUCCUAUACCACUGCCUCCACCCCAACCGGUCCACGUUUCACAGUACAGGUGAAAACGGCUCAACCCGUCACCUAUUCUCAGAGCGGACGGCAGGCAGAGCAAGCUUACACCCCUCCACCACCCAGCCAGCAUGCGUCUUACCCCCCUCAGCAAGAACGGCCACAUUAUGAGACGCAGGGACAGCGCUGGUACCCAGCACCACCACCUCCUGCACAAGAACCUCAUGGAGAUCCAGCUGCCUAUAAGGGGGGGUCAGGAAAUAUGUCCGGAGGGCGAGCCGGCCAGGGACCACCAGUGAAGAAGAGUCAAGACCAAGUGUCAGCGUAUCAGUCUAACAAGCAGGGGGCAGCACCACACCCAGAGGAAGAGUUGGAACGACUCACCAAGAAGUUAGUGUAUGACAUGAAUCAUCCCCCUACUGAGGAAUAUUUUGGUCGAUGUGCUCGGUGUGGGGAUAAUGUUUUGGGAGAUGGCAGUGGCUGUAUUGCCAUGGAGCAGGUGUUUCACGUGGAGUGUUUCACCUGUAUCACCUGUCAUGCCCGUCUGAGAGGCCAGCCGUUCUAUGCACUAGACAGGAAGAGCUACUGCGAGAGCUGCUAUAUAAGCACACUUGAGCGUUGUUCGAAAUGCUCAGAGCCCAUCCUGGACCGGAUCUUGAGGGCGAUGGGAAAGGCUUACCACCCUCGCUGUUUCACAUGUGUGGUUUGCGGCUGUUGCUUAGAUGGAGUGCCUUUUACUGUGGAUGCCACAUCUCAGAUCCACUGUAUUGAUGACUUUCACAGGAAGUUUGCUCCCCGCUGCUCGGUAUGCAGCCAGCCCAUAAUGCCAGAGCCUGGGCAGGAGGAAACCGUGAGGAUCGUUGCACUGGAUCGCAGUUUCCAUGUUAACUGCUACGUAUGUGAGGACUGUGGUCUUCUCCUCUCUUCAGAGGGCGAGGGCAGAGGCUGCUAUCCCCUGGACGGACACAUCCUGUGCAAGAGCUGCAGCGCCCGUCGCAUCCAAGAUCUUUCUGCCAAAAUCUCCACCGACUGCUAACGCCCUCGUCCCAUCACUCUGUGCCCUUUCUCUCCUUCAUGCUUAUUUUUCGGAAUGUACCACCAUCUAAACAUCCACCACCUGGGAUUUCUUUCUCAUCCUUGACUUUACGUGUUGAUCGCACAAAUAAUAUGAAGUCGUCCCUCUCAGGGUAGCAUAGAGCUGAGGAGAAAAAUAUAGCUCUUGUGCUUAGGGUAGUUUUACUGGAAAGCUGUUUCCUCAAGAAUAUAGAAAAACAGGUGGUGAAUGAAGUAUGAUUGUUAUUGUGUAUAAUGUGAGUCUUGUAAACAGGGUGCAUUUCUUCCUUUGGAGAAACAGUCACUUUUACAACACUUAAAAUAAUAACCUUUAAUGGAAAUACAGUAACAAUGACAGUUUUCUCAAUGCCCCAAUUCUGCUGGCAGUUGGGGUCAAUUCAUAUUGUCUCCAUUCACAUCAUCUCUGUUCUUUUAUCCUCUCAAAAAACAAAAACGUGUUGUCAGCGGAUAUCCAGUGUUCAUUUUAAUACUUGAAAUCAUGAAUGUUGAAGGAUAUUAUUACUGUAUUACGUUUACUAGCUUGAUAUCGGUUAAUUAUCAUUGUGUUCAUCAUGAUGCGAUGAUAGUUCUGGUAAAAAGGUGGGAAAAGUUAAACACGGGCAGCUGUUUGGUUCUGAUUUCCCUUCAGUAUCUAGAUGGUUUAUGCUGAUUUCUGAAACUCUUACAAGAGACGUGUUGUCAGAUAAUAAAGGGUCAGUGUAUUUAAUGACCGCUUCAAUGAAGGAAAUCUUUUGGCAGGUGUGUGUUGGAUCAAAGUGCUUGGUUUCAUUCUAAAGCUUAGUAGCUGCUGUCAGGUUAUUUGAGAUUUUUGCUAUGUUCGGUGGUUUGGUUUUGGCAGCAGAGUGCAUCAUUUUCAAUGAGUUUGAAAAGUGAGAGAAAUAGAGAGUGAUUAGUGAAAGAAAUCCACUAGGCUAGAUGAAACCGAACUCAUAACAUCAAGGAACUUUGUUGCAAUUUUGACUAACAGAAUGUAAAUGGUCAAGUAUGAAGGUUAGGAGGAGGUAAAGCACAUACUAGAGAUAUUACUUUCAGAUUGUUACGCGGAGAUUGUUACUGAUUGGGUAUUUGUUUUUUUUACAUCUUUUCUGUAUUUUCUUUAUAUUCUGUCAAAAUGCAUUUUUAAUGGUCUGGUAUUUGAAUAAUGUCUAAUAGCAAGCAUUAGUUGCUUAAUGCUGUUAUAUAAAAAGGUUUCAAAUAAGGUGUUUAUUGUUUGAUGCAAAAUAAUUAAGUGCUGGGGUUUGAGUUUGAUGAAUGAUGCAAUUAUCUAGAAACUAAAAGCAUAAAGUGGCUCAGAUGGUUGCAUGCUUUAUUUAUUGAUUUGUCUGGAAUAGUUUGUAAGAUUAUUCCAAUAGUGUCCAUCUGGUCAAUUUGCUGCCAAAAAACUUUUUCUAAACCCGUCAUUGCAGAUGAUUGCUAAUUGAUAAACUGCCCUGGAACUGCACAUUCUGUUUUAAUGGCUGAUUUACUUUGUGAGCUGCCAGUUUAUUUCAGGGCACGGUUGGAUGAGAUCGCUUUUUUUCCUCUGAUGUUGAUUGUAGGGAGAGAAAAAGGUCAGUUUUAUAAAUUCAUCUGUUUUUACUGCAAA